AUGUUCAACCCUUCUUCCUCGCCGGCGCACACCUACAGUGACCUCUCCAUGCACCACGCAGUGGACUUCUCUAGUGAUUUGCAUACAGCUCCAACUGAAAUUCCUCGCAGCAACGGUUUCUUCCACGGCAAUGGUGGUUUGUUUUCUCCUGUAGGUGUUGCUGCUUCAGCACCACCUCCCUACAAUUCUUCCCUCUCUUCCUACUAUAUGAACAGGAGCGUCAGCUCACACUCCUUCCCUCUUUAUCCACAAUUUCCUGACCCCCUCAACAGUAAUGCCGCCUUCUCUUGCCCGUCCCAUUCAGCAUUCCAGUUGCCCCUUCCUCCUGUUUCUUCCUCCCCGUCCUCGUCCUCGGGUGACCUCCUGGAAUUCAGCAGCUCUGGUACCGUUCGGCGUGUCCUCAGCACCGGUGACCUGCAAGGGAAGAGUUUUCCGCUACCAUCGCCGAUGCCACCGGGAUUUCCAGGCGACAACUGCAGCCAGGAAGCGGGUGAGCCUUUUUCAGAGAAGGUGGGGCGUUACAGCGCCGAAGAAAGGAAGGAGAGGAUUGAGAGGUACCGCAGCAAGCGCCAGCAGAGGAACUUCCAGAAGAAGAUUACUUACGCGUGCAGGAAGACGCUGGCAGAUAGCAGGCCGAGGGUGCAGGGCCGCUUUGCAAGGAACGUCGAGACGGAGGGCGACGUGGCUACGGACAUGGAGACGGAGGCGUCUGACAUCAGCUACGAGUACAGCUCGUGCAAUGACCUGAGCGGUAGCAACUGCUAUGACAGCCAGAGCCAGUGUGGGGAAACUGGCGGCGAUAGCAUGGUGUUUGACGACAACAAGUGGUGGUGGUGGGCAACGCCGGUGGCACCCAAUAGGCAGCAGCCUCUGCAGCAGAACGUCGGUUUCGACAUCGUUGACGACGAAGACCAGCUGUGGGCCAGCCUCGCGGACAUGUGCUCCGGCACCUGA